AUGUACGAGUACUGCUCAGUUGUAAUAAAGAAAUACUCCAAGUAUACAAUUCCCUCCUUCGCUCCAAAUGGUUUUCAAUCAAUGCUUGAGCCUCCUCAGAUAGACAAGUGGCAACACCUUUCCGCUAACUGCACUCUCCAAUUUCGGGUUCUUCUAAUGGACUCUAGACAAAUUCUGAUCAAUGUGGUUCUCAAUAAUUCAACACUUCUCGAAAAUAUUCGCCUGCCGCUGGGGGAUAAUCAAGAUUUAAUACAAUUUUCAUGUAAAAGCCCCAUAAUCUCUUGUAAAUAUAUCUCCGAAGAAUUCGGACCCAGAAUGUUAAGGAGGUUUCAGAUGAAUUUGCCAAAUGACGUUGAGUUCAACAGGACUGUAGUUUCUUUAAAGAACCUUAAUUUUGUUUUAAGGACAGCUAGGACAUCAAUAGCCCAGAGUACAAUAACAAGCCAGGUGCAAGGCAAUAAUAACGGUACAAAGGUCUGUUUCACAGAAGGUCCAAAAGUUAGUAGCUACACAAAUCCGAACACGCAAUUUCAAACUCAAAACAUGAUUAUGGAUUUCAGUCAACGUUAUCAGGAAGAAUCUGAAAGAGAGUCAAAUAAUCGUUCAAAUAUAACUUUACCACACGACAGCAUUCAAAUAGCUCAACAAAUAUGGCCAAACACGGAUUUAAAUGUAGUACAAUCUUCACAAGACCUCAACACUCCAAUGGCUACGCAAACUGUUUUGGGUCGUCCUGAGUCGCUAAUUGUACAGCCAUUGGAGGUUUCUCAAUCUCCACCAAACACUACCAACUGCCUUCCUAAUGCAGAAAACAAAAAGAAAAAAGUCGACACCACUUCUGAUUUUACUUCAAGAAAGGAGAUUGCUCUGUGUAAAACUGGUUUAUUAGAAACUAUUCAUAUACCAAAGGAAAGGGAAAGUCAGAUGCAAAGCGUCACUGGUUUAGAUGCAACACCAACGAUUAUAUGGAGCCCCGGGAAAGACAACACGGCGAAGAAAAAUACCAGUAAUAAGAAAAAUAUUGAUGAUAAACUAACAAACCCCCAAAAAUCUGGAAAUACACAUACCCCUGAUAGAAAUAAAGAAGUGCUACCUAACGGCACACUUAAUGAAACGAGGAAAGAAGCAUCGCCAAGCGAAGGAUUAACGAUAAGAGUUAAAAACGUUAAUCGGAAUGCGUCAAGAAAAAUAUCUAAGCGGCUAAUCAAGGAAAAGUUGAAAGACGAAGAAUUCAUGAAAUGGGUUAAUAAGGUUGAAACGGUUCUCAAUAAAAUGUUCGAAAAGUGA